CUGGUUUGAUCAUUCGCUCGAAGAAUUCACAACGUGACGGGUGCGAACGAGCAUGUGUUAACGGCGCUACCGUGGUGAUCCAGUAACGUAUUUUUUUUUUUGGAGCCGUCGGUUUUCGAUAGUGGGUGUUGAAAGUGGAAAUGGCACGGUUCGAGGAAAAUUGUGAGAUUUUGGAAUCGGACGAAUUGGGGCGAUAUUUAGUGGCCAAACGGGACCUAGCGCGUGGACAACAAAUACUGGUAGAACAACCGAUCGUCGUUGGACCGUACUGGGAUUCGGGGAUACGCUGUUUGAACUGCUUCAGGAAUUCGUGCACUAUUUGCAGAAAAUGCAAAAGAGCACCCCUAUGCUUCGAUUGCACGACCCACAAUGAGACGGAGUGCGAGUUCUAUCUCAACUCCGGACUGAACAUCAAUUUCCUGUUCGAUCAUUUCAACGUUGUUACGCCGGUGCGUUGUCUGCUGCUAGCUUCAUCAAAUCGCGCCAAAUUCGAUGAAAUGAUGACCAUGGAGGCACACACAGAAGAAAGACGAGAUACGGAUAUAUGGAACGCGCAUGAGAAAAAAGUCGUUCGCCCUUUGCUGGAAAACAAAGCGUUCGAUGGGAAGAUGGAAAACUUAAAAGUGACCAGUGAGUUAAUCCAGCGAAUCUGUGGAUUUUUCGACGUUAACUCGUUUGAAAUUCGUGGCAACAUGGAUGACGCGCAACAAGAAGAGAGCUUGAUACGGGGUCUGUAUCCAAAGGCGGCACUCAUGGCACACAACUGCGUAUCCAACACGUUGAUAUCGGUCGACGGAGAUGCAAACCUCAGACUUUACGUGACGACACCGGUUAAGAAAGGCGAAAUGCUGUUCUACAAUUACACCAGAAGUUUGUUUGGAACAUUCGAACGGAGAACACAUCUCAAGCUUGGAAAAUAUUUCGUUUGUACGUGCAGUCGGUGCGAGGAUCCUACCGAGCUGGGAACGCAUUUGAGCUCCGUCAAAUGCACAGGAUGUGAUGAUGGUCUGUGCUCGUACUAUGCCGAAGAAAAUAAAUGGCGCUGUAACAAGUGUGCGAAGGAACUUGAGGAAACAUAUGUCAAUAAUGUACUUUCGGACGCCAGGAAGGAUGCAUUCGAGUGUGCCAACAACAUAGACGAACUGGAACGUGUUAUAGCCAAACACUCCGAAACACUGCAUCCGUGCAACUCUAUCAUCCUGGAACUGAAGCAAUCCCUCGCCGGAGAAAUCCGAAAUCUUUGCCUGUUUUCCCCACCCUCCAAAGUAACCGAAAAAUUAUUGUUACGGAAAUUUCAUCUGUGCCAGGAAAUGCUCACGAUCUUGCGCGUGCUGGAACCGGGCAUUUCCCGGCUCACCGGAAUAGCACUGUAUGAGUACCACGUGGCGCUGUGGGAUCUAGCAAGGAAGAAGUUCGAAAAUAAGGUGAUCUUUGUGAAAGAACUGCUGGAAGAAUUAGCCAAAGCCGAAGGGGGUCUAAAGGAAUCUAUCAGUAUGUUACUCUUUGAACAUCCAUCAACACCGGAAGGCCAGUUAACCAAACGAGCAAUGCGCGAUCUGAAGGACCUACGAGAGGAAAUAAAACAAACGCAAGCAAUUGUUCCUGAGAUUAAGAAUGGUCAGAAGGUAGUUAAAGUUAACUAGUGUAAUCAAUAUUUAUUAUACAACUUCGUGCAACACAUCA